GCUACGACCCCGCUGGUCUACCCAAGAGCUCCCCACGCGGGUUACCAGAUACUGUACAUACAACACUGUACUGCUAUACUCCACCACAACCACUCGAUAUCCGCGUAGGUGCCGCUUUAUACUCUACCCUCCCAAGCAACUGGUGGUUCAACGUGCCCCGCCUAAAUACAACCCACUUGCUUGACCAUUCCCCGCAUCAGUCGGCGUUUCCCUAGCCUCAGGCUGACACUCCCACGUAGCGUCAGUGCCGACUUGUUGCCUACCUUUCGCCAGCCUCCGCCCUCUUUCCCCCUCCCUCAACUUCCUUGUAUUCCGACUUCCACUUACUCCCACAAUGGCAUCCAACCGAGCUCGCCGCAUUCACAAGGAGCUGGCCGACAUCCAAAAUGACCACCUCUCCAAGAUCUUUGUUGAGCCGACAGGAAACGGCGACGACCUCACACACCUUCGGGGCCAGUUUUAUGGGCCGCCAGACACACCGUACGAGGGCGCUACCUUCUUCGUGGACAUCAACAUACCGGGCGACUACCCGUUUCGCCCCCCGGUUAUGAAGUUCGAGACCAAGAUCUGGCACCCCAACGUCAGCUCUCAGACUGGUGCCAUUUGCUUAGACACGCUAUCAUCACAAUGGUCGCCAGUUCUGACCAUCAAGUCCGCCCUCAUCUCCCUCCAGUCCCUCCUGAGCACGCCUGAACCAAAAGAUCCACAAGAUGCGGAGGUCGCCAGCAUGCUGAUCCGAAACCCCGCUGAGUUCGAGCACAAGGCGCGUGACUGGGCUGUGAAAUAUGCGGGAGCACCAAAGAAGGAAAUCGCCGAGGGUAGCGGAGGUGCUACAGCCGAGUCGAUCAAGAAGAAGGCCCAGCAGGCUAGGCAAAAUGAGGAGAAGGUCAAGCUUGCAGCGUACCAUGGAUACAACAAGGACCUUGUGGAUCGCUUUGUGGCAAUGGGCUUCGAUGUCGAGGCCGUUGUGGGCUCGUUCGAGUAUGUCGGCAUUGACAGGAUGGGCGGCGAAGACUACGAGCUAGAAGAGGCCUACAUGGGCGAUAUCACAGCUCGGCUGUUUGGCGAAGCGUAAACACUUUUAACGGCUUCACAGUUAUCUAAGCGAUUUCUAGAAUGACCGAUAUUUCACUUCAUCGAGGAAUCGACGAUUCGCAUGAGACACGGGAGGUAUGAAGAAGACAAUAUAGGCA